AUGAUGGAGGCGACUCUGGAAACACUGUUGCUUUCGGGGGCAGUGUCGUGCCGGUUUAUUUGGCGUAAGCGACAAAAAGUCAUGCGGACAAUUGAGAUUCACACGGAUGGCGUGCUUUACUGCUUUGAUGAGCCCAAAGAUUCCAUGGCGAAAAAUCUAAGGGAGCGGUUAUACCUUUUUGGUUCACGUGUGGUGGACUGUGGCACGCACCGUGGCCGCCUUUGUUUUGGUUUGGAGCUUGCGGACGCUUCGAGUGUGGAACAACUGCGUCCUUCUGGCCUUUUCACUUCGUUACGGACAUCCGCCCCGGUAAGUCCAUUGAAGAAUGAGGGAUCUUUGAGCAAGAUAUUUGUAGCUUUUUUCUUUGUUGGCAAUAAACUACUUAAGUGGAGGUUUAUUCAUCUCCUGCGCCUUGCAUCGUCAGCUUCGCCACCAUUUUUGGCGCUGCAGCAGCAAGAGCAGAACGUGGCGCUUUCCGCAAUCUGCGGAUCUCGUGAAAACGACGACAGCAGGGGCAUAUAUCGAGUACUGGAGCGUCCGUCAAGAAUUAUUGACGUGACGGGCGACGGCCCGCUGGAGAUGCAUGAGGUGGAACAGCUGGAGGACGUCCUGCGUCUGUAUGAGGAAAAUAAGCGGUUAAAACAAGAAGAGGAAGAGAAUAAUGACGAAGAGGAGAGUCUCCGUGAAUCCGUAGUGACUUGUGACGAUGAUAAGAUGGAGGUGCCCGAGCGCCUCAUGCAAUCGCCCCUCUAUGCGCUCUGUAUUGCGGAUAGGCCGUCGAACCAGAUAUGUGCCGAUUGUGGUGAAAAAUGGCCCACAUGGGCCGUACUGGGGCCAUUUGGUUGCUUUGUUUGUAUUCAUUGUGUCGGCGUACACCGACAACUUAGGCCGCAUUGCUGUCGCGAAGUGCAGUUGGACAAUUGGGACGCAGCAGAGAUUGAUUUUAUGGCCAAACGUGGUAACGACGUUGUGAAUGACGAACUUGAGUAUGCUGGAUUUUUUUUAGGCAGCGGAGAUGCUGUAUACAAGCCGGUGGGUAGUUCCUCCCGGCGUGAGGUGCGGGAAGAGUACAUCACGUUGAAGUAUGAAGGAACCUUUACGAGGGAACGUAAUCCACAUGUUCUACAGGCCAUGCUACCGCCACCCGAUCGAGACGUGCAGGGUCAUUUGGACAUAUCAAAGCACGGGGCCCUGAAUCAUGAUGGCCCACCGCAGUAUAUCGGUGUGGCGUAUAUAAAUGUUCGUGAGGUGGAGGGUAUCCGCAGCAGCGGUGCCGUGUUAUCGCUUACGAACGGGUUCCAAGAGGUGCGUAGUCGCGCCGGUGUUGUUCCUAGCGGUCCUGCUAAGAACAACCCUUGCCAUGCAUGUACGUGUUGGGAGGAAUCCUUUCAGCUGGGUGUGUACAGUGUCACUGCCCCGCUCUUCAUGGCGCUGUACACUAGCGGCGAUGAGUUACUUGGAGCCGCGGAGUGGCGACUUCCCGAUGGCGUUGCCCUUCCCGGUUGUGAGCCCCAACUUGUGAAGGUGCCGUUGUUUUGGUGUUUGCCUUCGGAGGGAUCUACGUGGCCAACCUUCAAUCCCUUUGGCGGGGGACGUCGUCACCGGAGGCGGGACGCUGAAAAGUGGCACCAACCGCUGUUGUACAUCACCGUCUCGUUUGCUCAUUUUGGAUGA